CCUGGCUCUACUACCGCCGCGCGGACGAGGGCAAGCAGUACCCCGUGCUCUGCCGCCGCUCCGCCGCCCUCCAUGGGGAGUUCGUCUCCUACAGCGACCCCUCCGCGGGGUUCGACUUCACCGCUGGGAAGCGCAUCGAACAGAAAUUGGUGGAUUACAACAAGGAGGCCGAGCGAUUUGGAGGAUACUCAUAUGAGGAGCUAUCUGAAGUUUCUCCAGAUCACCGCUUCAUUGCGUACACCAUGUAUGACAAAGAUAAGGAUUCUUUCACUUUAAUGGUCAGGGAUCUGGUGACGGGCACACUAUGCGAUAAACCUCGUGCUGAUCGGGUCUCAAAUAUUUCAUGGGCUAUGGACGGGAAAGCACUAGUUUAUAUUGUUACAAAUGAGGACAGAAGGCCAUAUAGGCUGUUUUGCAGCAUUAUUGGAUCAAACAAGGAUGAUAUUCUUAUAUUGGAAGAACCUGAUGAGAAUAUUUAUUUGAAUAUCAGACAUACCAAGGAUUUUCGGUUUAUAACGUUAAAUGUCUUUUCUGACACACACUCAAAGGUAUAUUUAAUAAGGGCUUCUGACCCCUUGUCCAGAAUGACACUGGUAUGGGAAGGUGAAUCCCAAGUUCAUUGCAUUGUGGAGCAUCAUCAUGGACGCCUGUAUUUAUUCACCGAUGCUGCAAGAGAAGGUGUCUGUGUUAAUUCACAUUACCUAAUGCAGUGUGAUGUGGAAUCUCCUGGGCCAAAGAGUUGGAAGAAUGUCUUCCUUGAGGAACCAGGUAUUAUUCUUGAAGAUGUUGACUUUUGCAAUACUCAUAUGGUGCUUAUUCUGAGACAAGGCAGAAAACUCAGACUUUGUUCAGUUAAUCUGCCUCUACCUGAAAAAAUCCAAGUACCUGCUCAUCUAUCAGAUUUUCACCCACUUGACUUGCCUCUUCCCGAUCAUGUGUGUCAGAUAUUAUCUGGCCCAAAUUAUGAUUACUGUUCCUCAACAAUGCGUUUCACAAUAUCAUCACCUGUGAUGCCAGAUGCAGUUGUUGAUUACAACUUACUAAAUGGAAAGUGGCAAAUAGUGCAACAGCAAAACAUGCUUCAUGAGAGAACAAAGGUACUGUAUGGGAAUGCUUUUGCUUCUAGUGCGGGCAAGCUGUCUUCAGAUGGAGCUGAUUUGUCAAGUGAAGAUUUGGGAGAUUGUGACUGGAAUGAGCUCUCUGAAUACUAUGCAUGUGAGUACUAUGAUGUUCCAUCGAAAGACGGAGUUUUGGUUCCACUCACCUUGGUAUAUUCAAGAAAGCACAAGCAAGAGGGGAAUCCAGGAUUGCUUCAUGGGCAUGGUGCCUAUGGUGAGAUUCUGGAUAAGCGUUGGCGUAGUGAGUUAAAGAGCCUACUCGAUCGUGGUUGGGUGAUUGCAUAUGCUGAUGUUAGGGGCGGUGGAGGUUAUGGCAAGGAGUGGCACCGGGAUGGUGCACGUACCAAAAAGAUGAAUUCUAUAUAUGAUUUUGUCUCUUGUGGUGAAUUUCUUCUUGAAAAAGGUAUCAUACAAGAAAAUAAGCUUGCUGGAUGGGGAUACAGUGCUGGAGGACUUCUGGUGGCUUCGGCAAUCAAUACUCGUCCAGAUUUGUUCCGUGCCGCUGUUUUAAAGGUCCCUUUCUUGGAUGUUUGCAACACUCUGCUCCAUCCUAUUCUACCUCUUACAGCCAUUGAUUAUGAAGAGUUUGGGUUUCCUGUAGACCAUGAAGAAUUCCUUUCAAUCAAGAAGUAUUCUCCCUAUGAUAAUAUCCAGAAGGAUGUCCCUUACCCAGCUGUGUUUGUGACAUCAUCAUUUAAUACAAGGUUUGGUGUAUGGGAAGCAGCUAAAUGGGUUGCAAAAGUCCGUGAACUUACUCAAUAUGAUCCAGAGCGGCCUGUAAUUCUUAACUUGACAACAGAUGUUGUGGAAGAAAGCAAGUAUUUGGAAACCAAGGAAUUAGCAACGGAGACUGCUUUCCUAAUUAAAAUGGUGAACAAUACCUGAACAACAUCCUUUGCCUUUCGGCUUCCGAAAUUGUUUCUCAAACUCAAUGAUGCGGCCCAUGUGGGACAUGUGCUAUGUCGCCAGUCCUCCAUGUUUAACGAGAUCUGAGGAUUAGUCCAUCGAUUGGAGCUUAUACGAGAUGUUCUAGGAAAAUCAUAUGCACAUAUUCCUACAUUAUAUGAGAUAGCUGCCCACUCGAGCUAUCUUAAAUGGCCUGAUCUCUUGCCACCACCGACCUGGUCUGCCACGGUUCUACCAAUUGUAUGAUGUUAUAAUUGGAUCAUCUCAGUUGAACCAUAUCAGCGAAACAAGUAUUGUUAUCUUCCCCCCUUCCAUCAUGGAAUUGACAUCAUAUGUCAUGAAUUAGAGAUGGAACACGCCGUCAUCUACUCAUUGGCACAUUAAGUUAAAUUAGGCCAAGAUACGCAUAUUGUAUAUGGAAAGCUGAUACUGCUAAACUGGAUGCUAGGUAGGAGUAUUGCAAACUCGAUUCUUCAUGGCCUUGGAGAUGCACUGCUGCAUAAUAGGUGUGCACUAUGACAGUGAGACCAGAACAUACAACUCUUAGCAGCGGAAGCGCCAAAUCAAUCUUUCAUCCUUUCACUGAAAUUCAAAUUCUCACAGCCUAUGAACGCCUGUAGCAAAGUAAGGAAUGAACAACGUGAACUUGGUGUGAUAAUCAGGGAGGGUGGAACAGUUGGAUGACCAUGUAUACCAUAAGUUUUUGUCGAUGUGGGAACUUCUACCGAUGAGAAGCUGGAAAGAUGUCAAGAGGCAUGAAGCAUUGAACAUGGGGGAUUCAGUUGGAGAGAUAUUACAUCUGGUUUUCAUUUUUGUAGCUUAUUUGCACUGGUGAUGUUGUUGCUCUGUAUAAACCGUACUUCCAUCCGGUGCAAUUCGGAUUAACCGUGGUUGACACCUUGCAGGCUCGAUGACAAAUGUCCAUAUAUUUGUACAGUACCAUUCAGAACUGGAAAAAGAAAGCUGGAGUUCAGGAGUUGUAAUGUGAA